AUGAAUAACCAAAGAGUAACCUAUGCAGAACUGAAUUUGGCCAAGUCCGCCAAGAGACAGCAAAGGAAACCUAAGGGCACUCAAAGCUGCAUUCCAGUAACUGAGCAGGAAAUAGCCUAUGCAGAAUUAACUCUUGAAAAUGCUUCCCGGGAUCUUCAAGGGAGGGACAAUGAGGACCACUCCAAAGUUUCACCAUCGCCUCCAGAGAAGCUCAUUGCCGGGACCCUAGGGGUCAUCUGCCUUGUCCUGAUGUCCGCUGUGGUAACGAUAACUGUUAUUCCCUCAAAUCAUUGUGGUCAUUGUCCACUGGAGUGGUUUACAUAUUCCAAAAAUUGCUAUUAUAUUAGUAGUGAAAAUAAAACAUGGAAUGACAGUUUGCUGGCCUGUGCUUCUAAGAACUCUAACCUGCUUUAUAUAGAUAAUGAAAAAGAAAUGGAAUUUCUGAGUUUUAUCUUACCACCAUCAUGGAUUGGAGUUUUUCGUAUCAGCCGUGAUCAUACUUGGAUGUUGACAAAUGGUUCAGCUUUCAAACUAAAAGUAGAAGACUUAUCACUUGGUAAAGGUGACUGUGCUCUGCUAAACCUAUAUGGCCUCACAUCAUGGAGUUGUGGAGCUUCAAAAAUAUAUAGUUGCAAACAUAAGCUUUAGAGUUAAAACAUCUGAUUUUGGAUUCUGUCGGGUAACUUUAUUUUUCAUGAAAUGGAAAUAGUAUUAUUUACA